AUGAAGACCGAGGAGCUUUGCUACAUCUUUAUAUCAUCCUGGAGUAGGCAUUUCGCGAAUCGCCUUCUCGCCGGCUUAUCCAAUGCGGGGAUAAGCGUGUUUAGAGACGAAAAGGAGGUGGGGGCAGCCAAGGAAAUUGACCCCACGCUGGUCGAAGCAAUUGGACAGUCGAAGAUAUCGAUACCCAUCAUCUCGCCGGACUACGCUUCCAGUGAGAGCUGCUUCAUGGGGCUGGCCAAGAUGUUGGAGUGGAGGGACACCAGGAACCAUGCCAUCGUUCCCAUUUUCUAUGGCGUCGACCCCUCCGACAUUGGUUCCUUUGCAAAACACAAUAAAAGAGGGAUCAAUUGGCACCUCGACUCCUGGAAGUCCGCCCUCCAUCGUAUUGGACAGUUGAAGGGAUAUCGAUUUGACCACACAACCGACCAGGAUGGCAGGUUUAUAUCUGAGCUCAUCCUGUAUGUCACUUGGCAGCUGAAGAAUGCUGAACUACUUGGUACUUCCAUGCCAGUCGGAAUCAACAAUCAAGUCCGCAAGCCAAUGACAAGGCUUGACGUCGACUAUCGCAACGGACAAGCGGUUGCAAUACGCGGUAAUGGGGUCCGAAUGGCCUGGAUACAUGGCAUCGGGGGGAUCGGUAAAACGACUCUUGCAAAGUUCAUUUACAGCCAGCUGUAUCCUCUGUUUGAAGGCUGUAGCUAUCUAGGGAACAUCAGGGAGGUAUCGAAGACAGAGCCCCUAGAACAUCUGCAGAGCCGACUGGUUUCUGACCUGCUAAAGCAGGAGCCCAUAAGCUUGGAUUUCGUAGAAGAAGGUAUUCAACACAUCGCAAAUAAGUUUCGCAGAAAGAGAGUUCUCAUUGUGCUCGAUGAUGUCCAUGAGAGCCAUCAACUCGAAGCAUUUGCUGGGAAGCUAAGCUGGUUUGGAUCGAGAAGCAAGAUAAUCGUAACCACCAGAAACGCCGGUAUGGGCUAUAUCCCCCACAUGUUUGCGGCUUAUGAAGUCAAGCCUAUGAAAUUCGACAAGUCCCUUUGUCUUUUCUGUCGACAUGCUUUCGGGGAAAGUUCUCCCCGUGAGAAUUAUGAAGAUCUAUCCGAGCAGAUUGUUUCCAAAAUUGGAGGGAUCCCUUUAGUAAUUGAGGUUCUGGGCUCAUUUCUGUACAGAAAAAAGAAAGAAACAUGGGAUGAGACGUUGCAUCAACUUAGGAAAUUCCAGCCAGUAUGCUUGUUCUUCAUAGGACAAGACAAGAGAAUUCCCUUCUAUAUGUGGGAGGACUGCGAUUUUUGUCCUAGUAGUGGUAUUGACAGUCUCCUUCUCACGUCCCUGGUGAAAAUCCGAGAGAACAACAAGCUCUCAAUGUAUGGUCUAUUAAGAGACCUCGGUCUAGCAAUUGUCCGCGACGAAGACACAGCGAACCCGGAAGGCGCAGCAGGCUGUGGAAUCACGAGGAAGCCCUCGGGAACGGAAAGGGUUCAAGCCCGGUGUCUUAAGUACGCCAAUGGCUCAAGCGAUUAUUUCACACGUGAAGAAUUUCAAAGCCUGUCCAAGCUGAGGUUCCUUAAACUGGACAGUGCAAAUAUCCGGGGAGAUUUCAUAAAUAUACUUUCCAAUUUAAGGUGGUUCGAUUGGCGAGGGUGCCCAAUGACCUUUGAAGCCAUGAACUUGCAUCCGGGGAAAUUGGUGAUUCUUGAUUUAUCAUGGAGCAAGAUGCAGCAAUUGAAAGUUUUGAACCUCACGGGGUGUAAUGAAAUGCUGAUGACUCCCGACUUCUCCAAUUACCCGCAGUUGGAGAUGCUGAUUCUCGAGCGCUGUUCUCAAUUGGUCGAGAUACACCGUUCAAUCUGUGAUCUAACAUCCUUGGUUUCCUUGAAUUUGAAAUCCUGCAGCAAUCUUAGUGAGUUGCCGCCAGAAAUGGGUUACAUGGAAGCGCUGAAAGAACUUCUCAUUGAUGGCACUUCAAUACCAGAAAUCCUUGAAUCGAUAGCUAGAAUGAGGGGACUGCAAACUCUUAGUGCCUACAAUUGUCGUUCACUAACUUACCCGCCAGAAACCAUUUGCUUCACGGAAGCUCUUUCGAUGCUCUUGCUGGACAAUGCGCUAAUCGUCCAACUCCCCAAUUCAAUUAGGAGUUUGGUGAAACUAGAACGAUUGUCGUUGAGGGACUGCCGGGAGAUACAGAAACUUCCGGAAUCAAUAGCCAAUUUAGGAUGCUCAUUUUUGGAGUUGGACGUAUCGGGGACGCCUAUUGUGGAACCGCCCGACUCCACGAGUAACCCGCAGCUACCGAGAGUUCUUAAGAUGGAGCGUUGUCAUGUGAGAAAGUUUCCUAGUGCCAUUGGCGAGCUAAGGAAGCUUGAAGAGAUCCAUGCCUCCCACUGUAGGAGUUUGGAGGGAAGCAUUCCUAGUAACAUUGAGAAUCUACAAUUCCUGAAAAUUUUGAUGCUAGGAUAUACUUGUGUUUCGAGCCUACCAGAGUCAAUCCAGUUGCUAAGCCAUCUCCGGACUCUCAAUUUACUUGCUUGCGACGGCCUUGAAACAUUGCCCGUGCUUCCCUUGAGUUUGACUUGUCUGCGAAUAAGUUCAAAGAAGAUGAGCAUAAUCCCAGCUGCUAGAAGGUUUGCUCCGAAAGUGAUUCUUAAAAUUAAGGAGGAAAUUGAGCGCCUCCUUUCUGCCGGAUUCAUAAGAUCGGCAAGGUUUAUCGAAUGGCUAUCAAAUCUUGUGCCGAUUAAGAAGAAGAAUGAUAAACUCCGAGUAUGCGUCGAUUUCCGCGACCUCAAUGCGGCCACCCCAAAAGAUGAGUACCAAAUGCCCAUGGCCGAUAUGUUGAUCGACUCGGCCUCCAACAAUGAAAUGAUGUCUCUCAUGGACGGGCAUUCCGGGUAUAAUUAG